GGUCCCAUGCAAAAAAGCGUAGGUCCGGUGUAGGGCCACGCUCGCACCAGCCAAAUCUCCAUUUGCCAACCCGACGCCAUGGCCAACGACAAGAAGCGCGCUAACGACGGCAAGGGCUCGUCGCCCAAGAAGGCCAAGCUCAUGGCCGGCCUCGACAUUGAGGCCGUCAUGAGCGCGGAAGGCCCGGUCGUCAAGUGCGUCCUGCUCAAGCAGGCGGGCGAGAAGACGGAGAUCGACGUCGACUUUACGCCGAGCAAGCAGGCCGUCCAGGCGCUGCUUGGCGGCGACCACACCUUUGUCGGCCAGUACGAGGACCUCAACGUCAUGAUCAUGUGCAACCCGGAGCACCAGGAAGACGACUCGGGCGUCGCGCUCACGACCCACAAGCUCCAGCCGCCGUUCCAUGGCCGCCUUGGCCAGAUCAAGGGCGACAUCCUCCUCUUCCGCUGCGACGACAAUGGCGACCACAAGGACUUUACGCUCGAAGAGUACGAAGCGUUCUUGAAGCUCGAGAUUCCCGAGUGGGAGCCGCCGUCCGACGAGGAAGAGUCGGACGAAGACGAGGAAGACGAGGAGGGGUACCGCAAGGCCGCGGUCGACUUUUUCAUCCAAGAGUUCAAGGACGCGAACGAAGGUCGCGAGCCCAACGAGGAGGAACUCAAGGAGAUCGAGACGCGCGUCGCGAACGAGAUGGCCAACCAGGACGACCCUGCGCAAGCGGCGCUCGACUACCUCGUCGAGGAGUUUGAGGAGGAACAUGGCCGCAAGCCCAACGAGGACGAGAUGGCCGAGCUCGAGAAGGAAGCGGCGGAGCGCGUCGCAGCGAUCGGCGGCCUCGACCAGGAAGGCAUGGACGAACUCAUCAACGGCCUCUUUGAAGCCGCCUGCGCGCGCUUCAAGCAAGAGAAUGGCGAAGACCCGGACGAGGACGCGCAGGAGCAGAUCCUGCGCGCGGUCGUUGACGCGGCCAAGGAGCAGUUUGGCGGCGACGACGACGACGAAGAGACCGAGGACGACGAGGAAGAAGGUACCGGCGACGACGACGAAGAAGGUACCGGCGACGACGACGAAGGCGCCACGGAAGACGACGACGUCGAAGCGUAAACUGUGCAUUAUCUACAUCAAGCAAGAACUCAACUAACUAACUAAGACGCUUG